UGUCGAAAGACAUAUCCUGUGGUUGUGGAUAAGCUGUUAAUCUGUUUCAGAAGGGUACAAGUAUUGGCAUGCAUCAAGCAGAGAAAACAUCUAAGGAGAUUGCUGAAACUACUAAAAUCGGGUUAAGAACUGUCCAACGCAUUAUUAAAAACUGGAAGGACAGUGGGGAAACAUCAUCUUUGAGGAAGGAAUGUGGUCGGAAAGAAAUCUUGAAUGAUCGUGAUCGGCAAUCACUUAAACGUUUGGUGAAAUCAAAUGGUAGAAAAACAACAGUAGAACCCACGGCUAUGUUUAAUAGUGAAAGUAAGAGCAUUUGCAUACAAACAAUGCGAAGGGAACUCAAGGGAUUGGGACUAAACAGCUGUGUAGCUUUUCAGUGAGGCUAUUCAGAAACAAUGGCUUCAAUUUGCUAGGGAGCAUAAAGAUUUGACUCUGGAGCAAUGGAAGAAGGUCAUGUGGUCUGACGAGUCCAGAUUUACCCUGUUCCAGAGUGAUGGGCGCAUCAGGGUGUUGGACGACGAUGGCACGGACGUCACUCCUCAGCCAAUGAAUGGAGCAGAGCAAGCAGACGUGAAGUCCAAACCAGACAAAAUCGUCCUGGAUGAAAUAUUUUCCAGCUCAGGAUCAAACCAAUUUAAAUCCACCUCAAGCUUCAGUGUGCAUGCUUUAAGCUCAACUUGGAGUAGCACCCUCCCUUCUAGCCAGUCUACCUUAGCGUCACUGACUAGGGAGACUGAGGAUUGUUAUUCUAAACGGGACAUACCAAUAAACCUUCCAGCUACAAGCGAUGUGCCAAGGAAAGGAGAACAUGUCAAACACACUGUGACAGAGGAGAUGUUGGAUGAGGAAGUUUACAUCUACCUCUCUGAGUCAGAAACCAUUUCCCUGCUGGAAAUACCCAGCACCUUUAUGUCCGAGGAUGCUGAGGAUGCAGAAGCUAUUAAAGAAAAAAACACUCAGUAUGCUGAGCUCUGCAGAAACCGAAUGGGCAACGAUAAGUAUGUGGAACGAUCAAUGCAGACAUCCAAUGGAACAGCAAAAAAGAAACGGAUCCAGACUGAGAAGAUUGUGAUGGUGGAUGAAGGCACCAUGGCUUCUAACUGGGACAUCUAUGACUCUUUCUGCGUCCGAAAUGAAACCCAAAAAAGUGAAAAUGCCGACAAAACAGAGACAGCUGGGAACACCAUCAAAGGUCAAGAGAAGAGAUCAGAGAGGAGCAGCAGCAGCACCGUCUGCACAGGCAGCACAAUUAGCUCCGCGUUGGAAUUGGAAAUGCCUGAGAACAGUUCAAACACAGAGGCUGACUUACAGCUGAUCCUGUUGUCAGAGUCGUUCCAAAACAGCCUAUUGGUGAUGGAGAGGAGCGUCGUGACCAACAUCUUUCAACCCAAAUUGGCUGCUUACAAAAAGCUGCCCAUAUUACAAGACCCUGACCGCACAGUGAAGCCUGGGAUAGAGGAGCAGAGCAAGGAGGAUGAGGCGAGCUCUUCAUCUCCAACUCUUGAGCGUCUCUGGGCUUUCAGCUGUGAGCUCACCAGAGGAAACAACAUCACCUGCAUGGCCUGGCACAAGGACAACCUGGAUAUUCUGGCAGUGGGAUACGGUGACUGCGACCUCGAGACAAAGAAGCCAGGUCUGAUCUGCUGCUGGUCCCUCAAAAACCCCACGUGGCCGGAGCGAGUCUUCCACUGUAAGAGCUGCGUGACGUCCCUGGAUUUCUCAGCCAAUAACCCCGCUCAGCUGGCUGUGGGGAUGUUGGACGGCACUUUAGCCAUCUACAGUGUCCAGAGGUGGAACACCACAUUUAUCACCGACAGCAGUGCAUGUGACAAAAAGCACCUGCAUCCAGUGUGGCAGGUAAGCUGGACCAAACAGGAGAUGGCGCUGUCAGGCGAGGACAGGGUGGAGGCGCUUGUUGCUGUGUCGGCAGAUGGAAGGGUUACCAAGUGGCUCCUCUCCAGCAGUGGCCUUGACUGCAUAGACCUGAUGAAGCUCAAGAAGAGUCAGACGUUGAAGAAGAAACCCGUGGAAAACAAGAAGAAGUCAGAACCCAUUGUUUCAGCGAUGACUCCUGGUCUCUGUGUGGACUUCCAUCCAAAAGACUCCAGUAUCUACUUGGCCGGCACAUCGGAGUGCCUCAUCCACAAAUGCUCCGUCUCCAACAGCCAGAACGUCCUCGGCACGUACAAAAGACACUUCUGCCCUGUGAACCACGUUGAAUGGUCUCCUUUCAGUCCCGAUGUGUUCCUCAGCUGCUCCUCUGAUUGGAGCAUCCAGCUGUGGAAGCAGGACUGCUCCAACCCGGUGAUGAGCUUCAAAUCCACCCAGCGGACCGUAUACACCGUCAGGUGGUCCCCAAACUCCUCCACGGUAUUUGCAGCCAUUAACGGACAGCAGGUGGAGAUCUGGGACUUGAAUAUAAACAUCAUGCUCCCAAGCGUCGUGCACCAUGCUGCAGCUGGGGUGACGUCCCUGCUGUUUGCCUCAGGGACAGACUGUGUGUUGGUGGGGGACAUUGAUGGAGAAGUGACCGUCUACCAGCUAAAGAACCUCAGUAUGGGAAAAGACAAGCAGGUGGAAAGUUUGGAUGACAUCAUUCGCUUCGUGGUUUCCAGGUAGCUUUUAGAAAGUGCAGCUUUUGCAGUGACUGCAAUGUAAAAGUUCAAUACAUUUGAUUUAUUAUGAAACAGGUGUGGUAUACUAAUGCUCUUUCGUUAGUUUCAUUAUCAAAAGAUUUGUAAAUUGAAGGAAAAUGUAAAAAAUAUAUAAAAUAACUGUUUAGUUGUAUAUUUAUUCAGUGUCAUUUAUAUCUUUACACAAAUACACACAAAUGCAAAGUAUAAAUACAAUAAAAUGCAAUUUCAGCUGGAAUAAAAUAAAGUGUUUUCGAAAAAGUACUGCAAGAGCUCUUCAGACAUAUUUCAGGGAUUCAUUAAGUG